AUGCCUGGCCACGGGAGAUGCGACGAGGCCAUUCGCUCGGUCGUAUUCUCUGGGCCGUCUGGUGAGCAUGAUUCAUUCCGGUUUGCUGUGGCCCGUUAUGCGGCCCAUUACCCUGGGCGCUAUCGUGUCAACGUCACGGGUCCAAAAGAUCCUUGGCCCGACUUGACCCGUGCUCAGGGCUGUCCUGUCCCGGACGACAUGAUUUGCAUUCUGCCCCGUUCGGGGACCGAACUCGUGCCGGAUUAUCCAUAUCUCGCCGGGUUGGAAACCAACCCUGGACAGGAUCCAUGCAGUGCUCGAUAUUCCAGUUUUGAUUUUUACGGGCAUCAUCUGGCGCUUAGCAUGCCUCAAAGGCCGCAGGCGAACCAGGUCAUGCAGUCUGAUUCCUUCCUCGCCCGUAUUCACCCUCGAGUGGGCUGGAGCCGCGGUGGCCCUCUGCUUCAUUGCAUCCGCGUCAUCCAACGAAAGACGCGCUCGCUGCCAGGUGGUGAAGCAGUCUCGCUGCUCUAA